AUGCAGGUAACUGUUAGCUAAAAACAUAUUUUUAAAAAAGUUAAAACGUCAUAAACAAGACUUUACAAAAGAAAACUUUGUUGACAAAUAACCUAUAACUCUUAAUUUCAUAAAAAUUAAAUUACAGCGAAAUAUAAAGGGAAAAAUUGGAAUUCACAUUAAAUUGUGUGUUCAUUUAGCUGUGCUUGAAUAUAUAUCGUUCUAUACUACUCUGAAAUUUAAAUAAUCGUCAAUAAAAAAAUUAAAAUUAAGCAAAAAAAGGUUAAUAAAAUAAAUUAAAGGGAUCAAAAUUUACGUUAAAAAGUACAUUCGUUUAGUGUUUGAAUAUAUUAACUAAAUAAUUGUCAAUAAGAAAUUAACUUUUUAACCAAAAGGUUAAUAAAAAAAAAUUAAAAUGUUAAUUUAUUUAGCUGCCAAAACAUUUUUUUCAAAUUAGGCCAUGAUUUACAAUGUAAAUUUUUUUGGUAUUUUUUGGUUCAACUUAAUAUAAUAGCUAUAUUAUGAAGAAAGGCCGGCGUGGUUAUUUUUUGGGGGGGGGGGGGAGUUAAAAAAAAUUUUUUUUGCUUUGGGUGUACAUGGAAAGAGGGUUUUUUUGGGGGGGGGAGGGGGUAAAAAUAUUUUUUUUUGUUUAAGAGGGAGGGUGAUCUACCCUUAAAUUUUUUUUUCAAAAAGUUGUUUGAAAUGGUCUUUGAUUUGAGAAGGGGCACUGACUUAUUUGAACAACUAAAAUCUUAUGUCUUUUAGGCUCACAUCGUUGGAAAACCCUCAAAGUCCUUCUACCAAUCAGCCUUACAACUCACUGAAUCCGAAAACAACAUCAAAUUCAAGCCUGAGAACAUCUAUAUGAUCGGUGAUGAUGUACGUGAUGACAUUAUUGGAGCAGUCGAUGUGGGUUUCAAUGGGAUUUUGGUGAAAACUGGAAAGUUUAAACCGACCGAUUUGGAUGAGUUGCCAAAAGAAAGAGCUGUUUCGGUCGAAAACUUUACGUCUGCUGUUGAUCUUUUGGUACAAAAGGCUAAUUUACUUUAG